GGGUGGCACCGGGACCUAAAGCUUGGCGGUCUAAACGCCUAUAUGCAUCGCCUGCGUUUCCCCAUCGAGGAUGAAGCAUUGGAGCUCUGAAGCUUGUCUGUAGUGCAACUGCACUUGGAAGCUUUGCUUUGAAAACCAACCUUGAUCAUGGCUUCUCUCGCCAGGCGGCAGCGUCUGUCUACAGCUAGAGAGGCAUUGGCCCUGUUCACUGGCCUGGCCAAUGUCUCCCCGCGGAGUUUGCGCGUGUGUUCAAGGUGUCGGCAUAGCUCUACCUCGACAGGUUGGUCCCGCUUGCUAUGGGGAGAGAGGGGGAGAGGGGUACUACUAACGAGCUUGUGCAGGUACCGCACCAGCAAAAGUCACCCUCGGCACGAAGGUCUAUCCCACAGAUUCAUGGUUCAAUGUCCCCUCAACCAUCGCAUCGGCCAUUGAUCGAAAACUGCACGUCCAAAAAGACCAUCCCAUCUCCAUAACCCGCUCCAUCAUCGAGUCCAAGUUCCCAGCGCCCACGUACCAACACUAUAGCUCCUUCUUCCCCGUCGUCACUACACACCAGAACUUCGACUCACUGGGCUUUCCCCAAGACCACCCGGGGAGAAGCAAGACGGAUACGUACUAUGUGAAUGCAGAGACCGUUCUACGGACUCACACCAGCGCGCAUCAAGCGGAUGUCUUUCGAGCGAAUAAAAGCGCGGGGUAUACCAUAAGCGCAGAUGUCUACCGCAGAGAUGCCAUCGACCGUACCCAUUACCCCGUAUUCCACCAGAUGGAAGGUGCGCGGGUAUGGGAUCGAAAGAAGGUACCCGGUGGAGAUAUCGUCGCAGCUGUAUGGGCGGAUUUGGCAGACUUACCUCAACACAAGAUGAUUGUGGAAGAUCCGAAUCCGCCCAUACACCCCGAGCGAAAUCCCCUGCAGCAUGGACAUACAUCCCAGGAAGCAGAAGCGAUUGCCGCGCACCUGAAGCGAUCACUGGAAUUAGUCGUGGCAGAGAUCUUCUCCAGGGCGAAAGCAGCUCAUACCGCAACGAACCCAGAGUACCGCGACGAGCCGCUGAAGGUUCGAUGGGUAGAGGCAUACUUCCCAUUCACCAGUCCCUCCUGGGAACUCGAGAUCUUCUGGCAGGGAGACUGGCUAGAAGUCCUAGGAUGCGGAGUCGUCAAGCAGGAGAUUCUGGACGGUGCUGGCGUACCCUCCCAACUAGGCUGGGCCUUCGGCUUAGGAUUGGAACGCAUCGCCAUGCUCCUCUUCUCCAUCCCCGACAUUCGCCUCUUCUGGUCCCAAGACUCCCGAUUCCUCAGUCAAUUCACAGGCGUCUCCUCCUCCAUCCAAACCCUCAAGAGCUUCGUCCCCUUCUCCAAGUACCCAACGUGCUAUAAAGACGUCGCCUUCUGGCUGCGAUCCACUUCCUCGGCCGCAGGUGGGGGAUCGUCAGCGAAUACCCACGAUUUCCACGAGAAUGAUGUGAUGGAGAUCGUGCGGGAUAUCGGUGGGGAUGUCGUGGAGGAUGUCAGGAAGACGGAUGAGUUUACGCAUCCGAAGACGGGGAGGAGGAGUUUGUGUUAUAGGAUUAAUUAUCGGAGUUUGGAGAGGACGUUGACGAAUGAGGAGGUGAAUGGGAUGCAGGAGAGGGUGAGGGGAGAAUUGGUUGCGAAGUUGGGGGUCGAGUUGAGAUAGUGGGUAGGAGGACAUGUAGGGAUUUAUGCUACGGAUUGAUGGAGAUGUACAUGAUGAGAAGUGUCUCACAAUACUCUCAUGUACUGAACUCGGAAGUGCAUAGACCAGAUAAAAUCAAGUUAACCAAAAAAAAACUCGC